AUGAUUUACUUUGGAUUCCUCUUGAUCACUGUGGGUGUGGCUCUCACAAACGAAUUGUCUAUUCGUGAUCAGAUUGUGAAUAGUCUUUUUGAAAAGUACGAUGUCAAGGUCCGCCCAAGCGAGUAUACACAAAACGAGACUGUGGUCACUGUGUACAUUUCCAUAUCGGCCAUCACUUCUGUGGACGUGAUGAAUAUGCAAUACACUGUGGACAUGCUGCUACGUCAAGAAUGGCGUGACCCACGUCUUGCAUGGGACCACAACCCACGCUAUUCUAACUACACAAAGAAUAUAGUUUCUCCGACAUUCAAAACGAAAAUAUGGAUUCCUGACCUAUUUUUCCGCAACGGAAAAGAGGGGAGAUUGCAUAAAAUCACUUGUGAAAACCUUCUCAUCCGCAUACAACCAAACGGGGACGUGUUGUAUAGUCAAAAGAUUACAAUGCGUUUGGCCUGUCAGAUGCACUUGCGAACCUUUCCGAUGGACACGCAAGAAUGUGACAUGGAUAUUGGGAGUUAUGGUUAUACAUUAGAGCAACUUCGUUUCGUCUGGCGCAACGAGACUCCCGUAACAUUGCCCCGUGAUUUGCAGAUAUCUGAGUUCGACCCCCCGGAAGAAAUGAUUCCGCGUGACUGCUCCAGUCUGUACAAAACGACCACUGGACAAUAUACAUGUUUAAAUGUCACGUUCCUUCUUUCGCGUCAGAUUGGCUACUGGUUAGCCAGUACAUAUAUUCCAAACACCUUAAUCAUGGUGGUUUCUUGGCUAAACUUCUGGGUCAGCCCGGAAGCUGUUCCGGCGCGAGUCAAUCUCAGUUUACUAACACUUCUUGGGGUGAUUACUCAGACCACAAGCUACGCAAGCACUCUACCGCGAGUGUCAUACAUCAAAGCUAUUGACGUUUGGACUAUUGCUUGUAUAGCUUUCAAUUCUGGAGUUCUACUAGAAUUCGCUUUCGCCUCACACUUGUCGAAACAACGCAAGAUUUCCGAAUGGCAGGCGGAAGUGCGCAAAAUGGUUCGUCGAGAAUUGGCAAGCUGGUGCAACACUUGUCAGCAGUCGUACGAUCAGAAUGAACCAUCGUCAAUCUGCCACAUCGUUUCCGAGCCUGGUAAACCAGCAUCGUUCAUUGUUCCGAAUAGUCGACUAUCCGAAUCAUCGUCAAAAAUGCUUGUGAGGAUGACCAGUUCCGGAUUGUCGUCAGCAUCGUCCAUGAAAGAAUACAAUAGCAACAGUUUGUUUUACAAAUCACGUAGAGCAGGCAAACAACCGGAACAACGAUGGAUGGAACGGGAGCACUUUCCUAGUCGAACCGCUGCGAUCGGAUUCGAAUCCAGCACUCCGGCAAAGGAUGCUCUACUCCCAGUCAGCGAGAUUCUAGAGCCUGCUGGACCGAAAAGAGGGGAAAUUAAUGAGAUAGACAUGUACAGUAGGUUUAUUUUCCCUGCUGGGUUUAUCAUUUACAAUUGCAUCUACUGGGUAUAUUACUUGGUUCUGAUGAAGCAUAAGUAG